GCAGGCGCUGGGUUCAUCACCCCUCACAGCUCCCAGUUCUGGCAGAGCAACGCCGUGACUCUCAAGGACGUGGAGGUGAACGGAGAGGUGGCAAUCGGUGCUUUGGCGGCUUGUGGAGAUCGGCGCUUGGCAGAUGGCACGCUUGCAGCUGCAGCUUUGCAGUUCUAUAAAGCCAACAAUGCAGCGCCGUCUCCCGAUGUCGGGAACUCGCACGAGGACCUUGAGCUGUGGGCCAAGAAGCAAGGCGCAGGCGCUCGUCGCUUGGCCAGCCGCUUGAAAAACUGCAUGGGCCACACACCUGAAAAGUCCAAGAGCUCGAAGCUUCAAGAAGUCAAAACUGCUAUGCUGCAGCGCUUCGAGGAGAAGGGCAUGAUCGAGCCUUUGAGCGCCAAUGCCCCAGACUUGCAGGCCUCAGCUUCAAAGCCAGACGAGGACUUUGACUGGGAUGCCCUUGCGGACAUGCUGCCCAAGCCCGUCUCCGAAGAUCUGAUUCCACCCGGCAAGGUCUUUGAGGACCUUUGCAAGUACUUCAACCUUGGCGACGCCGACCUGGAAGCCGUGGCUGUGGAAUUCGCGAGCUCUCUUGAAGACGGCGACUCUUGUCCAGCGUCAGAAGCUGAGGCCUUGCAGGCGCCAGCCCCCGAGUCAACUUCUUUUGACACCCCGCAGAAGCCCAGUCCAGUCAAGCUGUGCGAUGUGCGGCACCAGUUUGUCAAAGAACAGCGCUCCAAUGGCAUCAGUUGGAAAGACGCCAACCGCCUUUGGAUGCACUCGGAAAAGAGGGCUGAACUCUUGAGCAACGUUCCUGAAAGCGAGCUCAAAAGGCGCCGCUUUAUGUAA